UAUCCGAAUAGAGCAAUCGGGACAAGAGCAAGACCGGAUCUUAAAGGGCCAAAAGGGCUUCCAGUAGUCGGCAACCUAUUCUUGACUUUGCUUGAGGCGGACAGAUUUAAUGACACCUUACUUGAAAUGACUAAAAAAUAUGGUGAAAUAUACACAUAUACGUUACCGGGUGUAGGACGAUUUGUUGUAAUCAAUACUCCGGAAUUGAUCGAACACAUGUUGAAAGAUAAUUUUCUGAAUUAUCCAAAGGGUCCUUAUUUUUAUCGUCUUCUUUCAGAAUUAUUUGGCAGUGGUAUUUUCAACGUUGAUGGGCAAUCAUGGAAAGUCCAACGAAGAAUUACAAGCCAAAUCUUUCAAGGAAAAAACUUUCGUGCCAUAAUUUGCCGUGAGUUUGGAGAACACUCAAAAACUGUGCUCGGAAUUUUAUCAAAAGCAGCCGAGACGGGGGAAAGUAUAGAUCUUCAAAAUCUAUUCUUUCGUUUCACUUUUGACGCUUUCAUGAAAAUCUGCUUCGGUCAAAAUCUCGACACUCUAACUAAUCCUGAGAACUUGCCACUUUUCGCCGUUGCAUUCGAUCGUGUUCAAGAAACAAUUAAAAGGCGCCUGCUUAAUCCUUUAUGGCCAAUUCUAGAGAUGUUCGGACGAAAAAAUCGCAAGCAUUGGAAAAUACUUGAUGAUUACGCGUAUAAUGUUAUUCGAGAGCGACGACGGAAGCCUCUAAAUACGGAACAUCCCACGGAUAUCUUGCAAUUGUUUAUGGAUACUAAAUAUACUGAUGGAGAAACUUUGAGUGAUAAAGAAUUGCGUGAUAUUAUUCUUAAUUUGAUCGUAGCUGGACGAGAUACUACAGCAGUUGCCUUGUCAUGGAUGACGUAUAGAAUAAUGACAAAUUCUUCAGUCGAGAAAAAUUUAUUAAAAGAAUUUGACUCGCUCAUUACGCCCGAGAAUCCGGUUCCCGACUAUGAACGUGUUAAAAAACUCCCAUACGCCUAUGCAGUAUGGACUGAAACAUUGAGAUUACAUCCAAGUGUGCCACUAAAUUUUAAGACUACGGCAAAGGAUGAUAUCUUACCUGGAGGCGUCCCAGUAAACGCUGGUGAUAUGCUGCUAUGGGUUCCGUAUGCAAUGGGUAGAGACGAGCGCGUCUGGGGUAAAGACGUUGACGAAUUUAAACCAGAGCGAUUCUUGAACUCUGGUGAAUUUGUCAAGCCAAGUUCGUACAAGCUUAUCGCUUUCAAUGCUGGACCACGAAUAUGUCUUGGGCAGGAAUUUGCAACAAUCGAAGCGUUAACGCUAUUAUCAAUGAUGCUUAAAAACUAUCGUUUUGAACUGGUGACCAGUGAAAAAAUGAUCACAUAUGCAACGUCGAUUUUACUGCCAAUGAAACAUCCAUUGUUGGUCAAGGUUAUUAAACGCGAAGCAUCAACAUAA